AUGGAUGCUCCAUCAACACCUAAUAGACCCCGUCAAACACCCAAUCACGGGCCUCCUACACGCCCAAGUACUCGUAGUCGUCGAGUCACGCGCUCCGUCGCUGCCUUGCAAAAUAACCACCCGUCGCCAGCUCCCAGUUCGAGUCUGUCUCCCCCUCCAGAGACGGAACAAACACAAGAGCAAGAACAAGGCGGUGCAACAGACGAGACUGUGCCCGCAGACGAUAACAUCUCUCACAUUCAGACCGUAGCUGCGGUAUCACCACUCGAUCCACAAGCGCCCACGGCGAGCACAACCACCCCCACUAGCAAGAAACGUAGGUCACCGGCCGAAGACGAUGAUGACCCCACCGAUGGGCCCUUGCUCUCUGAAUACAUGUGUCCUAUUUGCCUCUCACCGCCUUCCAGCGCCAUAGUCACUCUGUACGUACAUCCUGUUCCUUCGUCUUCCCCUCACCUCUCGAACUGA